UGGAAACCGCGCCAGGUGUAAACCUAUUGUACGGAUAGGAACAGUGGAAAGCGACUUCCAGACCGCGGCAGGUGUUUCUCUGCUGUAAACCGCGAGGAGAACAGACAGUGGAUGUAACUCUGAGAGCAGAGGAGGGAAAAUGAUCCGGAGGACAGUUUAAGGAAGUGUGUGCGGGCAGAAGUGAAAAAGACCUGUCAGCAGAGACUGAGGAGGACAAUCAUGAAGAGGAACAAGCAGAUUGACAUCAAGCGCGCCGUCGCUCUGGCCGCCACCUUCAACUUCCUGUGCUCCUGCACCAGAGCCUGCCUGCUCCCCUUCCUCACCCUGUACUUCAGACAGCUGGGCCUGACGCCGGCCAUGACGGGCAUCAUCAUGGGCGCCAAGCACCUGAUAUCGCUGGUAUGGAGCCCCGUGGCAAGCCUGCUCUCCAAGCACUACAACAAGAGGCGAGCGGUGAUAAAUGGCUCUCUCGUGUGUUCGGCGGCGGUCGCUCUGGUUCUGCUGCUUAUCCCACCUACAGAUGUGCACACACAGAGCAGCAGCUGUAACGUGACGAAUCAGAGCAGCGGUCUCGGUGAUGACCUGCUCAUGAGCAGCGUUCAGCCUGAAACAUUUUCCACUACAGCUCAUCCAAAACACUUCGUUUCCCAGCCCGGCGUCACAGUUCCUGCAAAGACACUCGCUGAUCCUGAAUCUGCAACGACGAGUGAAGCAUCACUUUAUCUACACCCUCGGCCGUCGCAGGAGAAUGUUUCCAUCGUGGUCAACGACAGCGUGCGAGAGCCAACGGUCAGCGGCACAGCUGUGUAUCCUGCCAUCGGCUCCUCUGCAGCUGCACUGAGGAAUAAGAGGUCAGACCUCAAAUCUGAAGAACUGCAAGGAGGAGAGACGCCAGAGCAGCGGAGCCGGUUUGACUUUCUGGGCAGCCUGAAGGCCAUGGACGCUCAGCACCAGCUCUUCUUCUUGAUACUCAUCACGGUCUCUGUGUGGGAGUUUGUGUCGGCCCCUCUGGAGUGGACGGCGGACGACGGAUUGUAUGAAUAUCUAGAUUUUGCGGAUGCGUCAGACCGCUACGGCAGCACCGGGCUGUGGCGUUUGCUGGGGGCAGCGUGUGGGGUUGCUGGAGCAGGGUUGCUGGUCAGCCAGUUGAGCUGUCUCAUAGCCGCUCAGACCGUCAGGAGCGCGGUGCACUUCUACUGUUACGCUGGUUUGACAGCUCUGGCCCUGCCCGCCGCCUCCUGCCUCCCGCUCUACCUGAACAGAAAGCGAGACCGGGCCAACGGGCUCCUGAAGGCCGCGCAGCUGGUGCGCGGCUCGCCUCGCGCUCUGCUCUGCGCCUCCACCACCCUGCUGGUCGGGGUGGCGGGCUCGGCCGUGGAGAACUUCCUCCUGUGGCAGAUGGCGGAUCAUGGGAGCAACGAGCUGCACAUGGGGUUGUCUGUGGCCCUCGCUCUGCUCUCGCAGGCCGCCUUCCCUCUGCUGGCUCCCCGGGUGUCCAGACUCCUCAGCCCAGGCCGGCUGCUCGCACUGGGGGCUGCGAGUCUCGGCCUGCAGUGCCUCUAUUACUCCUUCCUCUGGGGACCGUGGGCUGUUCUGCCCGCUCAGGUGUUGAGUUGUCUCAGCGGUGGAGCCCUCUGGUGGGCCGUGAAGGUCCAGUGUGAGGAAGUGGCCACGCCGGGGGCUGAGCGGAGCGUGGGCAGGGUCUACAGUGCGCUGUCUCUACACACGGGGAGCGGGCUGGGGAGCUUCGCCGGAGGGUUUGUGGUGCAGACGUACGGGCUGGCGUGGCUGUUCAGAGGCGUGGCGGCGGGUCUGAUAGUGUGGUGUGUGUGUCUGCUUCUGCUCCAGUGGAGGGCCCCUCGCCAGCGCAGGAUCAACUACUCUCGCCUUUUGGCGGCCGAUGCAAGUGAAGCCAGUGACUCUGAGUCUGAGCAGGAGAGAGACUGGCUCGAUAAAGCCAUGGACGACGACGGAAGCAACAACAACUAUGGGAGGAGGAUAAACCACUGAAUCCCACACUGAGAGUUGAGACUAAUACCUUCUUAUGAAAAUAUGAAUCAGCAGCUUCACACUGUUCUUCAUAGACUCAUCAUAAGUGGCUUGAACACGAUCAUUGAUUUCCUUCCCUGUCAGGUUUAAUUAAAAUCAAAGUGCUGA